AAAACACAUUACCCACAACCAAGCGCGGUCCUCUCAUAUACACAUGCGCAGUCGGUCGCUCUACUCUAGACAGCUGUAGGAGAAAAUGGCAGCACACAUGCUAGGACAGCAGGUCCGUCAGUUCAGCUCGUCUGUGGUCAGACCAGUGUCCAAACUGAUUAAGCCUCCCAUCCAGGUGUAUGGAGUGGAGGGCCGCUAUGCCACUGCUCUGUUCUCAGCUGCCAGCAAGCAGAACAAACUGGACCAAGUGGAGCAGGAGUUGGGAAAAGUCUCUACCAUGAUCAAGGACCCCAAGUUAGGCAGUAUUGUAAUGAAUCCUCACGUAAAGCGAAGCCUCAAGCAGAGGGCCUUCAGCGAUGCUCUUGCAAAGGCAAAAGUUUCACCCAUCACCGUCAACCUCAUCAAUGUUUUGUCCGACAACGGUCGUCUCCCUUUAACUGGGGACGUAAUCGCUGCUUUUGGCAAGAUGAUGAGUGCACACCGUGGAGAGGUCAUCUGCUCCGUCACUACUGCUCAGCCUUUGGAUGACGCUAGUCUCUCUGAACUGAAAGUAGCUCUGAAGGGCUUUCUGCAGAAGGGGGAAUCGAUCAAGCUGGAAACAAAGUCAGAUCCGUCAAUCUUGGGUGGCAUGAUCGUCAGCAUUGGAGACAAGUAUGUGGACAUGUCCACCAAAACAAAGAUCCAGAAGCUGACCAAGCUGAUGAAGGAAACUUAAGUCCUGUGGACUUAAAGACGACCAUCGGGGGAAACGCUGAUAAAUGUACAUUGCUACUUGUUCCAGCACUGUGGUUGCUCCAUAAAUACAGUGUCUCUACUUAAGUUCAUAUAGAUGUUAAUAAAAACUACAAAAAAUG